GCGUCUAAAUGCAAUUAAUUUGUGUGCGAAAGCAAAACCCAAUUUGCAUUCUAAUAUUAAACCUAACUCUAGGUUAGUAGUUUAAUGUGGAGGAGGGCAACGAGUUGGGACGAUAAUGAGUUGAAUUGGAUCGAGUUUCUCUGAACUCGAAAUCAACUGAGCGGAUGCAUCAAUUUGAGAAAUACUUGUUGGGUUUGAGAAGAGCAAACACAACUCAAUGAAUUUUUAUCACUAGCCACUUUGCUUAUUGCACUAACCAUGGAUUGUUUGAACUAGCUAGCUAGAGCAUUGCUGAUUUUCAACAACCAAAUCAAAAUUUUCAUUAAAUAAAGGAAAGUGAAUCGAAGAAGACAAAGACUCCUUCUAAUUAAAGCUAGUUGCUUCUAGUUUUGUGGUUCCAGAACCCCACAUCAUUCUGAUAACAGUAUCUUCUACUAUAGCAAAGGAACUCACCUCACUAACACUAAGCACAUUGUUGCUGGGUAUCUGUGCUCGAGCUCGUUUUCCCUGUGAUCCUUUAGAUUUCAUCUUUCCAAUAACAGUAUCUUCUAUUUCCCUAUUGCUUGAUAUCGAAUUCACAGAUUCAUUACAGCCCUAUAAGCAUAUGAAAGAAGACAGUUAGAACAUUGUGACAGGUAAAUAAAUCAUUCACUGGGUUUUGUUCCCUGAUCUCUAAAUCUAAUAGCUAUCUUCCACCAUGAAAAGAGAAAAGGGUAACAAACAGAAAAUACCAAACUAAGAACUGUGCACUUGUUAACGUGGACAAAGAAACCAACACAAAUAAAUUCUGUUCAAAGUUCAAACCAAGAGGAAAAAGAAGGAGAAGAAAACAAAUAAUGGGAUGGAUGAAAAAGCAAUCAACUGACAUUUCUGUGCAUUGUCGCAAUUAAUUACAGUGGUUUUCAACUUUCCUCUUCCGAUUUCGGGAAACGGUAACAACAACCCAAGAUCCAUACCUAACAAAUCUAAUCAACCCACCAAGCAUACUAGAAAACCCACGGAGGGCAAAGGGAUAAGUAGGUCGGUCGCCGCCUUGGCGGAGGUCCGACGGGAAGACAUGAGGUUGAUUCGACUUUCGAGAUUGAAUCCAAAAGAAACCGAUCAAGGAUAUGAAGAGGGAGGGAGAGAGUACCAGAACGACGGUGUGAGCUGGGAUGCGGAGGCCGGCGGAGGUGCGAAUCUGGAUUUUAGGUCAGGGGAAGCGUCGUCGGCGUCGAUCUAUGAAGCUCGGGACGUCUCUUGGUGUUGUGCAACGUCGAGAGGAACAGAAGAAUCGUUAGGUAUGGAUGAGGAAGAAGAAUCGACGCCGGGUAGCGAGGGAAUGGUGCGGAUCUGGCGGUGGCGGGGAAUGGAUGAGGAAGAAGAAUCGCCGCCGGGGGAUAGCUGUUUGCGGUGAGGAAGAAGAAUCUCUGCAAAGCUACUCCUGCGUUGAUGGUUUCGGUCAAUCCAAACCGCGAACCACUAACAAUUAAAUGGUUAGUCCGCAAACGAAACCGAUAGUUAACGGUACGGUUUGGAUUGACCGUUGGAGCGGUUUGGAGUGGUUUGGUCAAACCAAUGCCCACCCCUACCCGAAAUCGGUGAUGGUACCCUUUUGGAAUCUGCCAAAAAUGGCCUCGGAAAUAUUCCGCCCGAAUCGGUGUUCAAUAGACUUAUUCAUCCCUAAAGUAUAGCCUCAGACUGAAUUCGUGAUCCGUAGACAGCAAAAUCCAAGCAAAACGGCCUUUCGAAAAUAUUGCAGAAAAAUUACGAAAAUGCCCCCCGAAAAAGUUCGACAAAUUUCUGCCCAAAUCGGCGAUUAGUAGACUUCAUCAUUGGUAGAGAAUAUCCUAAGGACGAAUUUGGGAUCCGUCGCCUUACAAAUCCAAGGAAAACGACAUUUCCAAAAAAUCGCCCGAAAUCAGUGAUGGGUACCCCCUUUGGAAUCUGCCAAAAAUGGCCCUGGAAAUAUUCCGCCCGAAUCGGUGUUUAAUAGACUUAUUCAUCCCAAAAGAAUAGCCUCGGGCUGAAUUCGUGAUCCGUAGCCUUCAAAAUCCAAGCAAAACGGCCUUUCAAAAAUAUCGCCGAAAAAUUACGAAAUUCCUCCCCCCCCUCCCCCGAGAAAAAGUUCGACCAAAUUUAUGCCCAAAUUGGCGAUUAGUAGACUUCGUCAUUGGUAGAGAGUACCCUAAGAACGAAUCUGUGAUCUGUCGCCUUCAAAAUCCAAGGAAAACGGCAUUUCCAAAAAAUUGCCCGAAAUCGGUGAUGGUACCCAUUUGGAAUCUGCCAAAAAUGGUCCCGAAAAUAUUCCGCCUGAAUCGGUUUUUAAUAGACUUAUUCACCCCCUAAAGAAUAGCCUCAGGCUGAAUUCGUGAUUCGUAGCCUUCAAAAUCCAAGCAAAACGGCCUUUCGAAAAUAUCGCAGAAAAAUUAUGAAAACGCCCCCUGAAAAAGUUCGACCAAAUUUCUGCCCAAAUCGGCGAUUAGUAGACUUCUUCAUUGGUAUAGAGUACCCUAAGAACGAAUCUGUGAUCCGUCGCCUUCAAAAUCCAAGGAAAACGACAUUUUCAAAAAAUCGGCCGAAAUCAGUGAAGGUACCCCUUUGGAAUCUGCCAAAAAUGGCCCCGGAAAUAUUCUGCCCGAAUCGGUGUUUAAUAGACUUAUUCAUCCCUAAAGAAUAGCCUCAGGCUGAAUUCGUGAUUCGUAGCCUUCAAAAUCCAAGCAAAACGGACUUUCGAAAAUAUUGCCGAAAUAUUACGAAAACGCCCCCGAAAAAGUUCGACCAAAUUUCUGCCCAAAUCGGCGAUUAGUAGACUUCAUCAUUGGUAGAGAGUACCCUAAGGACGAAUAUGAGAUCCAUCGCCUUCAAAAUCCAAGGAAAACGGCAUUUCCAAAAAUUAACCUGAAAUCGGUGAUGGUACCCCUUUGGAAUCUUCCAAAAAUGGCCCCGGAAAUAUCCGCACGAAUUAGUGUUUAAUAGACUUAUUCAUCCCGAAAGAAUAGCCUCAGGCUGAAUUCGUGAUCCGUAGCCUUCAAAAUCCAAGCAAAACGGUCUUUCGAAAAUAUGGCCGAAAAAUUAUGAAAACGCCCCCCGAAAAAGUUCGACCAAAUUUCUGCCCAAAUCGGCGAUUAGUAGAAUUCAUCAUUGGUAGAGUGUACCCUAAGAACGAAUAUGUGAUCUGUCGCCUUCAAAAUUCAAGGAAAACGACAUUUCCAAAAAUGGUGAUGGUACCCCGUUGGAAUCUGCCAAAAUGGCCCCGGAAAUAUUCCGCACGAAUCGGUGUUUAAUAGACUUAUUCAUUCCUA